AUGUGUACUUAUCAUGGUAUAUUGGAAGAAUAUCCUCUUAUAUCCAUUGAUUCAUUUGAAAGUCAUAAUUAUACAAGUACUAUGUUUUUCAUCUCACAUAUUCAUAUGGAUCAUCUGAUUGGCCUUGAACGACCAGAGUUUGGUAGAUAUGUUGCAAAAAUUAAUGCUCCUAUCUAUAUGUCUGAUAUUUCUAAACAACUAUUAAGUACAAUACCUUUAUAUCGUCAUCUAGUACCAUAUUUUAAAUCAGUACCUAUUGAUCAACCAUUUACUUUAACAAUACAAUCAAAUGAUCCUGUACAAGCAAAGAAAAAAGAAGGAGCCGAUAUGGAAAGUUUAAAAAAUACUUUAUCAUCGCAUGCACCCAAUGUUGGUGAAACAAUUGUUGUUACUUGUUUUGGUUCAGGUCACUGUCCUGGUUCAAUUAUGGUUUGGAUUGAAGGUCAACAUGGUAAUGUUUUAUUUACGGGAGAUUUUCGUCUUUAUCAUGGUCAAGCUAAACGUUUAACACAUUUACAUCGACGACGAACCGAUGAUGAUGAUGAUGAUAAUUAUAUAUUCAAACCCAUAGACAAUAUCUAUAUUGAUAUGACAUUUUUUCGUCCGGAAAUUCUGCAUAUUCCAAAACGUGAAGUUAGUUGUGAAGCACUUAUUUUAUGGAUAAAAGAUUUAUUAGCUGACAAAUCAAAUGUUAAUUUUCAUUUUAAACAAAGUGCUCGUGUCGGUUAUGAACAAAUUUUUCGAGCUCUAUACGAUAGUUUAGGCAUGCGUGUACAUGUAGAACAAAGUCAAUAUGAAUUUUUUUCAUGUUUACCAAUUAUACAAGAAUGUCUAACCACGGAUCCAACAACAACACGUUUACAUGCAUGUCGUACACCAUCGUCUAAUUAUACUCAACCUUGCUCGUUAUUUCGAAACUGUGAUAAACCGAUACGAAUACUUUUAUCAAUUAUGUGGUUUACCGAACAAAUAUCUGCUAGCGAACUAUUAGUUGAAUAUCAUGAAUAUCAUUCAAAUUUUGAUCAAAAUUUAUCGAGACGUUGUAUUGGCUUUCAAGAUUAUGGAGCCGACAAUAUCGACACAAAUUUUCAAGAUACAUAUGUAAAUUAUCGUUUAUGCUAUUCAUUACAUUCAUCAUUUUCUGAAAUAGUUGAUGUAUUAAAAACAUUAAAACCAAAAUGUGUUACACCAAUUGCAGCACCAUUAACAACAAUGAUGACAACAAAGCGUUUAUUUCAAAUCAUUGACCAUUUUAUACAAGAUAAUUCUAUUGAAAUACCAAUGGUAACGAUUAGAAAUUUAAAUGAAAAAAUGCAACGAAAAUCUAUUAAUCAACAAAUACAACUUAAACAUCGUUAUGAAUCUUUUGAAACUAAACUUGAACGAAAACGUCGUAGGAAAUUAUUCAAAGAACAACAACAACGAAAAGCGAAUGAUGAAGAAUUAGAUUUAGGGAUUGAUGAAGAAAGAGACCAUCAUCUUUUGCAAAGAAUUGAUUCUUUAAAUGAAUCGAUUGGUAAACAAAUACAAACAAAUUCUUCGGCAAAAUUCUUUCGAUCUAUUUCAUUGGAUACAGUAAUAAAAAAAGAUAAAAAGAAUACCAUCAAUGGCGAUCAACAAAUAAACAUAUCUGUCGAAGAAUCAACUUCAAACGAAAGCAUAUCAUCAAUAUCAGAAGAUUCAUCUAAUUCAUUAUCAAUUGAAGAUAUCAGACCAAUCAAUGAUAACCUUCCUGAUAUUUGUUCAUCUGAAAUAGAAUAUAUAUCUAGUGAUCAACAGUUUGUUGAAUUAACUUCUUUAGAGGACAAUCAAGAAAGUACCAUGUCAGAUUCUUCUUCUGAUACGGUCGAUUAUGACUUCGAUACAGAAAUAUGUGCACCACGUACAUUCGAAUCUCAAGAAUGUAUGAUUCCGUUAUCUACUUGUCAUGAUAGGGAAUGUUAA